AUGGUGGAGAUAUGUACUUUUCUGGGGCGGUCUGGCGCUCAGUCCGAGGCUGACUGUGAAGCUUGUUAUUCGGGCUCCUACUGCCCCUCAUGGGCUCAGAUCUCUGUAGACACCCUCUGUCCCCCUGGGUGGUUCUGUCCACAAGGAUCAGUGUCAGGAAAUCAGCCAGGAAGCCAGUGUCCUCCUGGCCAUGCGUGUCCGCACGGUAGUGCUGAACCCACAGUCUGUAGUGCCGGCUCUUUUCAGUCCUCUUCUGGACAGUCUGCCUGUGACACCUGUCCACCAGGUUUUUACUGUAUAGAGGGUUCAAUAUUCCCUUCUCCAUGUCCGACGGGGAGUGUUGGUCCAUCAGCUGGCAGGACGUCCCUCAAUGACUGCUCGCCCUGCCCUGCAGGCUCCUUCUGUAACAGCACUGGUCUGACGGAGCCGUCUGGACCUUGCAGCCCAGGACAUUUUUGUACCCUGGGGUCCGUGGAGGCGGCUCCCGUCUCCCAGCGUUAUGGUGAUGUUUGCACCACGGGACACUUCUGUCCACAGGGUAGUGGGUCACCUCAAUCCUGUCCUGCUGGCAGCUUCCUCCCAGAGCCUGGAGCUUCCUCUGCUUCUCACUGCAAAUGCUGCCCUGCAGGGAAAUACUGCCUGAGCCCCGGAUCCUCUCAGCCCACAGGUGGGGAUAUAAGCCAGACUUCUCAUUAG